AUGUCAAAUUCAUCAAUGAGGCUACGAUUAGAAAACAUUAUUCCGCAGGAUGAUGCGCGAUACUGUCAGCUCCAAGAGAGAAAUAUGUUUGAAGCCGAGAAGAGCCAUUCUGCUCAGGAGACCUUUGCUAAUGAGAGCGUGGAAAUCAGAGUUGAUACGCAAGUAAGAACAGUUAUAAAGAUAAGUGCGGAUCAACCGGAUAUCACGAUACGCAAUAAGAAGCGACGUGAGGUUGGCAUCACUGUGAACUUCCACAAACGUUACGCGAAGAAAAUUGGUAUAUCUGAUCACGUCGAGGCAUGUAUGCAAACGAUAUUACUUAAGAGAACGCUCAAAAGCAUUUUCAUUCGAUCAGCGCCGAGGAUUCGACGAGGAUGGAGCAAAGAAGAUCAACAGAACAAAACUGAGAGAGGAGCUGGUACAGCGAAAGUGCCAGAAUGCAGUCUAGCACCAAAAUCAGUAAUGCAGAAAAUAAGAAUGAUCUCCGUGUGA